GAGGAUCUUGGGAUUAGCCAAUAGGAUAACGGGGCGGUGCGUCACGUGGCUCGAGGACGUGUCAAGGGGCGGAGCCUCUGCAGACCCUGCCCGAGUUAAAACCGGAGUGUGAGAGAGAAAAGCGCUUCAGUAGCGAGAGGGGCUGAGAAAGUGGUGACACCGCCGGGGUGCGGAGGGAGUCCCUGAAACUUCUCCCAACAGCCCCAGGGCCAAUCUCCCCUCAGCCCACUCCCCUCUUCGCCAGCUCCCAGGUCCCCACUCCCUGCACCGGGGGUGGGGUGGGGAGCCAGGCCCGUCUCCCGCUGGGACACACACAGGGGCCGGGAGCGGGGACGGGACCCCCGAGGCGGGGGGGACGGACCGACCGACCGACAGACAGACGGCCGGGCGCCCGCCCCAGCGGGCAGGCAGGCAGGAGGAGGCGGAGGCGGGGGUACGACGGGGAGGACUGGGUCUGGGGAGUUUCCUCUCAACUAUCGGGGGAGAAACUCCCCGCAGCCGGAGGAAAGACCCAGACGGUGUUUUCCUCCCGGGGGCCGCGCUCCCCCGCCCCGCGUAGCGGCGGUCGCCGCCGCCGCCACCGGCGCCUCCACCUCUACCAUCUCCUCUUUCUCCACCUCGGGCCCCGGUGUCCCCGGCCAGCACUAUGCCCAUCUUACUGUUCCUGAUAGACACGUCUGCCUCUAUGAACCAGCGCAGCCAUCUGGGCACCACCUACCUGGACACGGCCAAAGGCGCGGUAGAGACCUUCAUGAAGCUCCGUGCCCGGGACCCUGCCAGCAGAGGAGACAGGUAUAUGCUGGUCACUUUCGAAGAGCCGCCCUAUGCUAUCAAGGCCGGAUGGAAGGAAAACCAUGCAACGUUUAUGAAUGAACUGAAAAACCUUCAGGCUGAAGGACUUACGACUCUUGGCCAAUCCCUAAGGACAGCUUUUGAUUUAUUAAAUUUAAAUAGAUUAGUAACUGGCAUAGACAACUAUGGGCAGGGACGAAACCCUUUUUUUUUGGAGCCAGCAAUAAUUAUUACAAUUACUGAUGGGAGCAAGCUGACUACUACCAGUGGAGUCCAGGAUGAGCUUCAUUUACCUCUUAAUUCUCCUUUGCCUGGAAGUGAAUUGACCAAGGAACCUUUUCGUUGGGAUCAGAGACUCUUUGCACUAGUGUUGCGGUUGCCUGGCACCAUGUCAGUAGAAUCAGAACAGUUGACAGGUGUGCCUUUAGAUGACUCUGCGAUCACACCAAUGUGUGAAGUGACAGGCGGCCGUUCAUACUCUGUAUGUUCUCCAAGAAUGCUUAAUCAAUGUCUGGAGUCCUUGGUACAGAAAGUGCAAAGUGGGGUGGUAAUAAACUUUGAAAAAGCAGGACCAGAUCCUUCCCCUGUAGAAGAUGGGCAGCCAGAUAUAUCAAGGCCUUUUGGAUCACAGCCCUGGCAUAGCUGUCACAAACUCAUAUAUGUGAGACCAAAUCCUAAAACUGGGGUUCCUAUAGGUCAUUGGCCCGUUCCAGAAUCUUUUUGGCCAGAUCAGAAUUCUCCAACACUACCACCUCGUACAUCUCAUCCUGUAGUGAAGUUUUCCUGUACAGACUGUGAACCGAUGGUUAUUGACAAAUUGCCUUUUGACAAAUAUGAGUUGGAACCUUCGCCACUGACUCAGUUUAUCCUGGAAAGGAAAUCUCCUCAAACAUGUUGGCAGGUAUAUGUGAGCAAUAGUGCAAAAUACAGCGAGCUCGGUCAUCCCUUUGGUUACUUGAAAGCCAGUACAGCACUGAACUGUGUCAACUUAUUUGUGAUGCCUUACAAUUACCCCGUCCUCUUGCCCCUUCUAGAUGACUUGUUUAAAGUACAUAAAGCAAAACCAACAUUGAAGUGGAGACAGUCAUUUGAAAGUUAUUUGAAGACAAUGCCUCCCUACUAUCUUGGGCCUUUGAAGAAAGCUGUUAGAAUGAUGGGAGCACCUAACCUAAUAGCAGACAGUAUGGAAUAUGGACUUAGUUACAGUGUCAUUUCAUACCUCAAAAAGUUGAGUCAACAGGCCAAAAUAGAAUCUGAUCGAGUCAUCGGAUCUGUAGGCAAAAAAGUAGUACAGGAAACUGGAAUUAAAGUCCGAAGCCGAUCACAUGGUUUAUCAAUGGCUUAUAGGAAAGAUUUUCAACAGUUGCUCCAGGGAAUUUCGGAGGAUGUUCCUCACAGACUGCUAGACCUUAAUAUGAAAGAAUACACUGGGUUCCAGGUUGCUUUGCUCAAUAAGGAUUUGAAGCCACAGACAUUUAGGAACGCGUAUGACAUACCAAGGCGGAAUCUUUUGGAUCACUUAACAAGAAUGAGAUCUAAUCUUUUGAAGAGCACCCGCAGAUUUCUUAAAGGACAGGAUGAAGAUCAAGUGCACAGUGUUCCUAUAGCACAAAUGGGGAAUUACCAGGAAUACCUCAAGCAAGUACCUUCUCCACUAAGAGAACUUGAUCCUGAUCAGCCUCGAAGGUUGCAUACAUUUGGCAACCCAUUUAAGCUAGAUAAAAAGGGUAUGAUGAUAGAUGAAGCAGAUGAAUUUGUGGCUGGACCUCAAAAUAAACAUAAACGACCUGGAGAACCAAAUAUGCAAGGGAUCCCUAAAAGACGUCGCUGUAUGUCUCCACUGCUGAGAGGCAGACAACAGAAUCCAGUUGUGAACAAUCAUAUUGGAGGAAAAGGACCACCUGUACCUAUGACUCAAGCACAGCCAGAUCUUAUUAAACCCCUUCCUCUUCAUAAAAUUUCGGAAGCCACUAAUGAUUCGACAAUAGAUGAUGUGGUUGAAAAUCAUGUUGCAGACCAACUUUCAUCAGAUAUUACACCAAAUGCUAUGGAUACUGAAUUUUCAACUUCUUCUCCAGCCAGUUUACUGGAACGACCAACCAAUCAUACAGAGGCGCUUGGUCAUGACCAUUUAGGAACUAAUGACCUCACUGUUGGUGGAUAUUUAGAAAAUCACGAGGAGCCAAGAGAUAAAGAACAAUGUCCUGAAGAGAAUAUACCAGCAUCUUCACUCAACAAAGGAAAGAAAUUGAUGCAUUGCAGAAGCCAUGAAGAGGUCAACACUGAACUAAAAGCACAAAUAAUGAAAGAGAUCCGAAAGCCAGGAAGAAAAUAUGAAAGAAUCUUCACUUUACUGAAGCAUGUGCAAGGCAGUUUACAAACAAGACUAAUAUUUUUGCAAAAUGUCAUUAAAGAAGCAUCAAGGUUUAAAAAGCGAAUGCUAAUAGAACAACUGGAGAACUUCUUGGAUGAAAUUCAUCGACGAGCCAAUCAGAUCAACCAUAUUAAUAGCAAUUAAAAGAAAACAGAAUGUGGCCACUUAUUUCACUAUCUUCUCCAAAUACAAAGUAAAUACAAGACUGUUGUGAUCUUGAAUUCAUUUUUUGACAUGCAUUGUUGGCUAUUUGAAAUACUAAGAGCAAGUCUACAGAUCCUUUUUCCAUCAUUUUACAGUGACCUUUUCUUCAUUUUGGUUUAUUUUUGUAAUGUGAAAAAUAUCACUCUAAAACACAUUUUUAUUUAACAAACUAAAAAUAUUCCUCCAAAUCUCUUGCUUGUCAUUGACUCUUGCGUGUCAAUUUCCCUCAGGUUCUAUUUUCUUAAACCAACCUUUAAAAUUGUCACCUCUGUUAAGGUUGAACUUUGCCAAAAAAAAAAAAAUAAUAAAAAGUUACUUUGUAAUUUUUGGGGAAAAAAGCACAUACAUUAAAACUAGGUAAUGUUUUGUAUAUACAGUUAUUUUGGAUAUAUUAUUGUAAGUUGUACAAAUGUAUUUUGAAGAAUAUUUAAGAAAAGCACUUUUGUUAUUCCAUCAAUAAAUGCUCUAUUUUACUCUUG